UGGGUUCCUCACAUCCAACUAGAGAUGACUAUAAAACGGCUGGCCAAUCCUUUGGCUUUUCAACCUCAAAGUUUAUCAGCAAGUUUCGCAGUUCUAUACCAAACUAGACACUAUGACCGUUGAUAUCAUUCACUACGAUGCCAUUGUCGUUGGUGGGGGCUUUGGCGCCGUCAGAUCUUUAUACAACCUUAGAAAGGCCGGCUACAACGUUCACGGCUAUGAAAAGGGCUCCGCUAUCGGUGGUGUCUGGCACCACAAUCGUUAUCCAGGCGCUAGAGUUGACUCGGACAUCCCGAUCUACCAAUUGUUUUUGGAGGAGUCAUGGGAUGUAUUCAAGUUCACUGAGUUGUAUCCGGGAUGGAAGGAAAUCCAGGCUUACUUCAAGCACGUAGACGAAAAGUUGCAGAUUUCCAAGGACUUCACCUUCAACUCUACUGUGACGGCUUGCCACUGGAAUGAUGCCUCCAAUAAGUGGACAGUCACUUCCCAGUCCACCGAUCUUGGAGAGAUUGUCAGUACUGCUACCCACAUUGUUUUCUGUACUGGUUUUGCUGCUAAGAAGAUAAUUCCACAGUUCAGGAACCAGGAAGGGUACAAGGGCCAGUGGUUCCACACCGCUGACUGGCCAUGGUCUGGCGUCGAUAUCAAGGGCAAAAAGGUUGCGGUAAUCGGAACGGGUGCAUCUGGUGUCCAAUUAAUCCAGGAAAUCGCCUCGGAAGUUAGCUCAUUGACCGUAUUCCAGAGAAACAUCAACACGGCCAUCCCGAUGAGGCAGCGCAAGUUGACCCCUGACGCCCCAGAGAACAACAAGAACUUUGCUGAGACUGAAGCCGCCAUCAAGAAGAGCUCUGCUGGUUUCACCUGGACCAACAUUCCAUACAGGUACACUGAUUUGAUGCCAGAGGAACGUAGGGAGCAGUUGGCCAAGAUCUACGAGACCGGCGGGUUGCGUUUUGUUUCCGGUAACUUUUUAGACGCGGUCACCAACAAGGAUGCCAACAAGUAUUGUUAUGAGUUCUGGAAGGACUCUGUACGUGCCAGAGUCAAGGACCCAAGAAAGGCCGAGCUUUUAGCCCCAACCCAGCAGCCAUACUGGAUCUUCACCAAGAGACCAUCGUUGGAGCAAAACUUCUACGAGGCUUUCAAUCAGGACAAUGUGGAUAUCGUGGAUUUGCGCAACGACUCUAUCGUUGAGUUCACCGAAACUGGGAUCAGGACCACUACCCAGGAGUUUGACUUUGAUAUUGUCGUUUUUGCCACUGGCUUUGAUGCUGUUACUGGUGGUUUUACCCAGGUUGAUAUCAGGGGCCAAAAUGGUCUCAAGUUGAGCGACAAGUGGAAGAACGGCACCUUUACCCAUUUAGGAAUGACUAUUGCCGACAUGCCGAAUUUCUUUUUCAUGUACGGUCCUCAAGGCCCGACCGCCUUCUCCAACGGCCCAACGUGUACCACCAUCCAAUCUGACUGGGCGUUGAAUGCCAUCAACCACGUAAAGAAGAACAACUUGAAGUACAUUGUCCCUAGUGCCAAGGCCGAACAGGAAUGGAGAAAGAGGGUGAAUGAUUUAUGUGAAGCAACCUUGUUUCCAGAAACCAAGUCUUGGUUCAUGGGCUCCAAUGUGGAGGGGAAGACUAUUGAAGCUUUGAACUAUAUUGGUGGGAUUAAAUCGUACGUCGAGCUAAUCGAUGAUGCCGAAAAGGACUACAGCAGAGAUUUCAUUCUUGUCUAGACAUGUGCUGGAUCACGGCACUUUUAUCCUGUCCUGACAGUUAGGUAACUCUUCGCAGAGAUUAACGCCG